GGAGGUAAAGAAGCAAAGGCAGAGCAUUCUAUGUCUUCCCUCCUGUCCAAAUGGCAGAGAUUGAUCCAGGGGUCAGUCUGUUCCCAAGUGGCAUACCUUGGCUCUAUGUGGUGUUUGCUAUACUCUUUGUAUUUUUCCUUUUUGUCAUGUUCUCGCCUGUUUUGCUCGAGAUAGACCAGCACACCAAGAAAUUCUUUCUCAGGUGCCGAUGUUCUCUGCGCAAUGUUUCCUAUAAGGAUAAAGACAAUAUUAAGAUGAAGAUGAACCAUCUGGGAGGGGCAAGAUAUCUUCUUCAGGCCCGUGGGAGAGAAGCUCCAAGAAGAGAGACAGCUGGUGGGAGAGAAGACAGCUCAGUUCUGGUGGAGAUGGUGGGAGAGAGGAACCAGGAAGUCUGCCCAGUGACAGCAGUUUGAGGCGACCACAUCUGUGUCAGGCGUGUCACAGAAAGAUGCUUCUAGCAUCCUCAUCAUUAUUUAUACUUAAGCGAAUGUGAUAAUAAAGAUUUUGAGCAUCUC